AUGCCAUCUCCUUCCAAUGACUGGAGGUGCUCGAAACGUACCGCAUCCGCCCUUCCAAAUGCCGAGGACCCUGGUGUUCGAGAACCUCCUCUCGAGAUCGUGCACCUUUACUACAAUGACUUCCCGACAGGCGUUGCAGUGAGCAGCUCGAACCGCAUCUUCUCCUGCUACCCAGCCGGCCUUGAUGCAAAUAACACGCAAUAUCAAUUCGCUGAACUAACUGGCAACUCUACCGAGAAACCAUAUCCAAACGCUCAAAUCAAUUCACCCCCAGGAGGAUCCCUCAACUGCAGCACCUAUCCUGUCUCCAGCGCCAACUACCAGAACUAUUUCAUUGGUGUCCAAUCGCUAGCCAUUGACCCAUUGGAACGUUCCUGGAUUCUCGAUACUGGUCGAGCAUCGACUCCCCAUGGAACCUUGACUCCUGCAGUUUUUGGCGGUACAAAGCUGGUAGCUAUUGACCUGGCCACCAACACCAUCAAUCGCACAAAAUUGCUGCUCACUGCGGCCUACCCACUUUCCUACGUCAAGGAUGUGCGCAUCGACAUUCGACCUGACGUGACCGCCUCGGGCCAAGGUGUUGCAUACAACACCGACUCAUCGCAGAUGGGCACCAGUGGUCUGAUCAUCGUUGACCUCGGCAUAACCGAAGCCUGGUGUCAUCUGGACAAUUCCCCGACCGUCAGACCCACCCGACAGCACUUCAAGGAAGUAUGGGGCGAGCCUGUGUACUUCGUGCCUGGCCCAGGUUUCCCAACAACGUACGAUCCGACCGGCGCGGACGGCAUUGCGGUUCUUGACGGAGGAGACACAGUCGUCUGGUCGCCAACUGGCAGCCGGUAUCUGUACAGCAUCGCAAGCAAAUACCUGCUCGACAAUAGUCUCACCAGCGAAAUCAUAGCGCAGACCAAUAUUCGCGAUGGCCUCAUGCAAGAUACAAACCAGUACAUCUAUGCGAGCAACUCUGAGCAAAACGCCAUCAAUAUCUACAACAAUCGUGAUAACACUGUCAGCACUUAUACCGACUCCAUGCGGACAUCCAAUGGAUAUCUCUAUGUUGUAGAGAAUCAGCUUUGGCGAUCACCGAAUUACUUUCCAAGUAUCGAUAGAAGGGUCAAACCGUAUGUGUUGUACAGAGUCCCGACUGCUGAUGGUGGCCAGCGGAUAGCACCCCUUAACAUCACUUCGUAG